CUCGUACGUGGACUCUCGAGACAUAUCAGAAGUUAAGGUGAUCAUUCGUGACCUUCAAUCAGAGGACGAGUAACUGCGAGACAAUCAUGCCUAGCCAAAGAUCUCAGGAAGAACUCGAAGCUUAUAUAGAUGAGACUUUGCGCGCGCACCCUGAAUUCCAGGAAGGCGAAGAAGGGGAACAGCUCCGGAGAAUACUCAUGUUCUCUAUUGGUAUGCCGGAAGUACGAGAAAUGAUUGAGGGUGCCCUCGAUGAGUUGGUCGUAGCAAAGCACAUAGAGAGGCUUGACCAGCAGAGUCUGAAAUACUGUGAUGUGGACAGCCCCGAGCAUCGCGCCCUGGAAUCAGCCCUCUACGACGUUCUGCAAAAGGCGGGAGACGUUCUCCCGGAUCUGGUGCUGAAUCGCGGGGAAGUUCGUGUGGAGCCAAAUCCCAAGCCCAGCGUCAUUUCCAAGAUAUUUGGAAAAGAUUUUCUCCCUGCAGAUCACUAUGUCGGCACUUACCUCGGGAAAGAGAAGGUCGUAGUAAAGGCUAUUCUGCAUGCAGGAGCGAGGGAUGCGGUAUGGGCGGAUCGGCUGAAGAAAGAAGGAGAAGCUUGGAACAGAGCGUGGAGAAAAAACAAGAGUUAUAUAGUUCCAAUAUACGGCUUCAUUGCGCAGAAGAAAGUGAUGCCCUGGAUCUCGGCCGUAUAUCCAAAGUACGACAACGGGACAGUCGUUCAAUAUCUGGACAAUAAUCCUUCUACUGACCACAUGCGUAUAAUUCGACGAAUCGCGGAGGGUAUGAACGCGUUGCACAAUAUGUGUAUAAUCCACGGGGACCUAAGAGGAGCUAAUAUCGUGAUCGAUAAGCACGGAAAUCCCCUCAUUGGAAACUUUGACCUCGAUCAUAUCAGUAAUUCUCGUCUGUAUGCUUACAUUUCGCAAGAGGAGUCCGGUCGUUGGCGGGCCCCGGAGAUGCUGGAAGGCCGGAUACCACUGGCUUCUGCGGAUGUAUAUAUGUUUGCCAUGACCGCCCUUGAGGUACUCACGCACAAGGAGCCAUAUUACUACAUCGAGCGCACAAGCACCGUCUUGGAAAAGAUACGCAAAGGGGUGUGGCCUGAGGAGCCAAAAGACGCCCAGGUGAUUCAAAGAGGUCUUCAUGUGGGGCUGUGGCUGGUGCUGUCGACAUGCUGGAUGCCAGACCCUGGCCUCAGACCGGAAAUGAAGGAGGUGAUCCAUCUGCUGGAGAGAUACUAUCCAGGCCGACGCUAACUCAUAUCCAGUCGUGUAGUCUAUUAUUCCCUAUAUUAGUCAAACAUCCGCCAUAUAUACCACUGAUUAAUAUGCUCUUGAUAUGAUAGUUUUCCAC